AUUUAAUUGAUGGAGGUGGGAAUUUCCUCAAACAGGUUUGGGCUGUGUGAUCUUGCAGCAAAAACUCUUCUUCACUGCAGGAGAUCUCGAUUUCUUUUACUUGUUCGUCUUCGCAAUCCUCUAUUGUCUUUGAUCUGGGAGGAAUUUAGGUCAGCUGUUGGGAUUACGGUUCUUGAAUCUGGGUAUCUGAGGGUCAUUUUGGCGUUUCGCCGGGAAUUCAGGCUUCAUAUUUUUGCUAUGGAUUCUGCUUUGGAUUACUGGUCUCUGCUGGAAAAUAUAUCACAGCUAAUGGAGGGAUGUAACCUGCUGUGUUCGAAGAAUAAUGGAAUGCACUGAAUAAGUUCUGUGCUGAAAAAGCUCUUGGGAGUGGAGAAGGAUGGCGAGGGGUAGAAUUAGGGAGAAUCUCAGGUGGAGCAAGCUCUAUUCUUUCUCUUGUGUCCGUCCAUCUGUGCAAUUAGACUCAGGUAAUCCCCCCUCUCUCCAAGGACCGGGCUACUCUCGAGUUGUGCACUGCAACCAACCUCGGAUUCACAGGAAAAAGCCUUUCAGAUAUCCCACCAACUACAUCUCCACUACAAAGUAUAAUAUCAUUACUUUCCUUCCAAAAGCAAUCUUCGAGCAGUUUAGACGGGUAGCGAACCUCUACUUUCUUCUUGCUGCAGCACUCUCUCUUACUCCAGUUGCCCCAUUUUCUGCAAUAAGCAUGAUUGCCCCACUAUCGUUUGUUGUUGGGCUCAGUAUGGUAAAAGAGGCGUUGGAAGAUUGGAGAAGGUUUAUACAAGAUAUGAAGGUAAAUCUCAGGAAGGUCAGCGUCUACAAAGGGGGAGGGAAAUUUGAUUACAAGCACUGGCAAAAUAUUAGGGUUGGGGACAUUGUCAAGGUAGAGAAGGAUCGGUUCUUUCCUGCUGAUUUGCUUCUUUUGUCAUCUAGCUAUGAAGACGGGAUAUGCUAUGUUGAAACAAUGAAUUUGGAUGGAGAGACAAACUUGAAGGUGAAGCGAUCUUUGCAGGUAACUCUGUCCUUGGAUGAUGACGAGACAUUCAAGGAUUUCACUGGUACCAUUAGAUGCGAAGAUCCCAAUCCAAAUCUAUAUACAUUUGUUGGCAACUUUGAAUAUGGAAAUCAGGUUUAUUCCCUUGAUCCAACUCAGAUUCUUCUUCGAGAUUCAAAGCUUAGGAACACUGCAUAUAUCUAUGGCGUGGUUAUUUUUACUGGGCACGAUAACAAAGUCAUGCAGAAUGCAACACAUUCUCCAUCAAAAAGAAGCAGAAUUGAAAAGAAAAUGGAUCGGAUCAUCUAUGUACUUUUUAGCCUUCUUUUGGUGAUUUCUCUAAUUAGUUCAAUUGGAUUUGCAGUCAUGACAAAGCUUGGAAUGCCAAAAUGGUGGUAUUUGCAGCCUAAUAAUACAACGAACUUGUAUGAUCCAUCAAAGCCUGCUACCGCUGGAAUCUUUCAUCUCAUUACGGCGCUUAUUUUAUAUGGGUAUCUCAUACCUAUUUCAUUGUAUGUUUCUAUUGAACUUGUUAAGGUCUUGCAAGCAAUGUUUAUCAACCAAGAUAUACAAAUGUUUGAUGAAGAGUCUGGAAACACAGCGCAAGCUCGGACCUCAAAUUUAAAUGAGGAGCUUGGUCAGGUUGAUACUAUCUUGUCAGAUAAAACGGGCACUCUAACUUGCAAUCAAAUGGACUUUUUGAAGUGCUCUAUAGGAGGAGUGCCUUAUGGUGUGGGAUCUAGUGAAGUGGAAAUUGCUGCUGCAAAAAAAAUGGCUUCCGAAGCUUCAAAUGCUCCAGAACAACAAAAUAUCAAUCAGGAUCUAUGGGAGGACCAAGGGAAUGACUUUGGAUCAUCAGAAAUUCAACCGGAUAAUGGCAUUUCUUUGAAAAUGUGGAACAAGAAAUCGCGGAUUAAAGGUUUCAAUUUUGAGGAUGAUCGCCUUAUGAAUGGAAAUUGGACCGGCGAACCUAAUAGAGACACCAUUGUUUUGUUUUUCAGGAUACUUGCAGUUUGUCACACCGCAAUUCCUGAACUAAAUGAGGAAACUGGUGGAUUUAACUAUGAAGCUGAGUCACCGGAUGAAGGUUCAUUUCUGGUUGCAGCCAGGGAAUUAGGAUUUGAGUUUUGUAAGAGGACCCAAUCAAGUGUUUUUAUCCGCGAAAAAUAUACUUCUGAAUGUCCCACAGAAAGGGAGUUCAAGAUCCUUAAUCUUUUGGAAUUCAAUAGCAAAAGGAAGAGGAUGUCGGUUGUUGUGCAGGAUGAAUCAGGGCAGAUAAAUCUCUUCUGUAAAGGUGCUGACAGUUUAAUUCUUGAAAGAUUGUCAAAAGACGGAAGACUCUAUGAGAAUGAUACACUAAAACAUCUAAAUGAAUAUGGGGAAGUAGGGCUGAGAACCCUUGCUUUAGCAUACAAGACGAUAGGGAUAUCUGAAUACACAUCUUGGAAUGAUGAAUUCAUUAAAGCAAAAACGACCGUUGGACCUGACAGAGAGACACUACUGGAAGAAGUUGCUGAUAUGAUUGAACGUGAUUUAAUCUUAGUUGGUGCUACAGCUGUGGAGGAUAAAUUGCAGAAAGGAGUACCUCAGUGCAUAGAUAAAUUAGCCCAAGCCGGUUUGAAGAUUUGGGUUUUAACAGGUGAUAAGAUGGAGACUGCUAUUAAUAUAGGAUUUGCUUGCAGUCUUCUGAGGCAAGGCAUGAAACAGAUAUGUAUAUCCACAAUGGACACCAACUUGAUAGGGAAAGAUGCAAAAAUGGCCAUAACGGAGAACAUGUUGAUGCAAAUCACUAAUGCCUCCCUACUUGUGAAUCUAGAGAAGGACCCUCAUGCAGCAUUUGCUUUAAUCAUUGAUGGGAAAGCUUUAACCUAUGCCUUGGAGGAUGGUAUCAAGAAGAAGUUCCUCGAUCUUGCUGUAGAGUGCUCUUCUGUUAUUUGCUGUCGGGUAUCCCCAAAACAGAAAGCACUGGUGACCAGGUUAGUGAAAGAAGGAACAGGAAAAACAACUCUAGCCAUAGGUGAUGGUGCAAAUGAUGUUGGAAUGAUUCAAGAGGCUGAUAUUGGUGUUGGUAUCAGCGGGGUUGAAGGAAUGCAGGCAGUGAUGGCCAGUGACUUCUCCAUUGCCCAAUUUCGAUUUCUUGAGCGACUUCUUGUUGUCCAUGGCCACUGGUGCUACAAAAGAAUAGCACAGAUGAUUUGUUAUUUCUUCUACAAGAACAUAGUAUUUGGUCUCACCAUAUUGUACUUCGAGGCAUUUACGGGCUUCUCUGGGCAAUCUGUCUAUGACGAUUGGUACAUGCUUCUAUUCAAUGUAAUUCUGACAUCAUUGCCUGUGAUAUCACUCGGAGUAUUCGAGCAAGAUGUAUCUUCAGAAGUAUGCUUGCAGUUCCCCGCACUAUACCAGCAAGGUCCUAAGAACCUAUUUUUUGACUGGUACAGAAUCUUCUGUUGGAUGGGAAACGGUCUCUACUCAUCCCUUGCCAUUUUCUUCCUAACCAUUAUCGUACUAGACGAUCAAGCCUUUCGAGCAGGAGGUCAGACCGCCGACAUGGCCGUUGUUGGUACUACCAUGUUCACCAGCAUCAUCUGGGCAGUUAACAUUCAGAUUGCUCUAACAAUGAGCCACUUCACAUGGAUCCAACACCUCUUUGUAUGGGGCAGCAUUGCCACCUGGUACAUCUUCCUUCUCGGUUAUGGCUUAUCUUCGCCGCUCUUCUCUCAAGACGAGUACUGUAUCCUCAUGGAGGCCCUCGCGCCGGCGCCAAUGUACUGGAUCAUUAGUCUCCUCAUUGCCGCGGCUUGUAACAUUCCCUACCUUGCCCACAUAUCAUACCAGAGAACUUUCCAUCCCAUGGAUCAUCAAGUGAUUCAGGAAAUUAAGUAUUACAGGAAGGAUGUGGAGGAUCAGUCUAUGUGGAAUAGAGAAAGGUCCAAAGCAAGGCAAGAAACUAAGAUAGGAUUCACAGCAAGGGUGGAUGCCACCAUUAGGCAGCUAAAGGGUAAGCUGCAGAAGAAAAUGUCUAACAUAACUGUGCAAACUGCUCAUAACAUGCCAACUUAAUUCACCCAGCCCCCUUUUUUUUUUUUGGUUUCCUCACAUAUUUUUAUACUAUACCUUUAGUCCCCUUUGUAUCCAUCAUCUUAGCCAUUUUGUUAUAAGUUUGGCCAUAAGCACAUCAUUUUGUCUUGUGUUCUAUAGGGCAAGUUUUGAAUACCCCAUUAUAGAUUGCUGACAGUUUUCCUGUACAAUAUUUGUAACCUGGUUGGAUUUGAGUUUGCUGACAGUUUUCCUGUACAAUAUUUGUAACCUGGUUGGAUUUGAGUUUUCUUAUUUUGUAUAAAAGAAUUGUCUCCUGAA